AUGCCUACCUUUGAAAAAAUAGAGCUGGAUUUUUUGUCUCUAAUUUCUGUGCACACAGAAGAUGCUUCUAUACUCGAAGAAAAAUGUCAGUUAUUUUUAAAAUGUCUUGCCAUUGCAGAAGGACCAGCUAGAGAUGAAGCACUUGCUCUUGCUGAAGAUUUGCAACAGGAGGUGUUCAAAGACCAUCGUGUAUCAUUUACACUAUUGAUACACCAAAAAAUGAAACAUUCAUCUGCUACAGAAAUCGAGUUCAGAUCUGAUCAUACAAUAUCUUUACAACUUCAGAAUCUCCUCAAAAAGUUUCCAGGACUAGUGAGAGAUAUUAGAAAGUUUUAUGCAAUCAGUAAAGAAUAUGAUGUGAUUGAUAUUGCCCGUUGGAUAGAAGAAAGUUAUGAAGUGACUGGUCUUGUUCAUGAUGGUACAACAGUCGAUGAAAUUUUUAAUGUCCUGCAACCUCAUUAUAACUUCUUGUGUAUUGAUCCAUUAUCUGACCUCAUGGAAGAGUACCCUAUCAAUGAUCAGAAUGUGUUGUUAAAGUAUCAUGAGUAUACUGAAUGUUUAGAAAGUUUUACAGAUUCUGCUAAGAUUAGUGAAGUAAUGACUAGUAUUGAAGCUGCUUUGACUGAAGAGGGCUCUAAAACUGAUCCUAAAGUUGUUUUGAAGCUUUCAGGAAAAUGGACAGAUAGAACCAUAAAAAAUCUUCAAAAAUUGAUGGAAUACUUUUUCCCUGAAGAAGCAAGGUAUCUUACAAUUAAAAAAAUGCGAACAGGAUCAAUAGAGAUUCAUUUUUUGGUUGCCUCUUACAAAUUCAUCCAUUCUCUUAUGGUCAAAGCAAAAUACAAAGCUCAGUUAAUGUGUCACUUUGGUAUAAUUCAAUUUACCAUUAACAAUGAAACCAUCAGUAAUGAAGUUGAAGAUGUUAACUUUAGUUUCGAUGAAUCACUGCUACAUGUUAUUAGUAUAAGCGACCAAGAUGAAGAGUAUAAGAAAAUAGUAUUACUACUUAUGCAGUUUGACAUAAAUAUUAACUAUCGAAACAGUUCAGGAAACACUGCAUUAACACUUGCUUCCAGUGGUAAACAUCACCAAGCUGUGGAUAUCCUGCUAAGUAAGAGCCCAGAUGUCAAUAUUCGAAAUAAUAAAGGAGUCACUGCUUUGAUGAUUGCUUCUUAUUAUGGAAACACUCAAAUUGUUGAGCUCUUACUGAGAAAUCGCCCUGAUAUUAAUGUCUGUGAAUCAGAAGGAUGGACUGCUUUAAUGUUUGCCUGUCUAGAUGGACAUUGUGAUGUUGUUAAACUUCUACUCACUAAGAAUCCAGAUGUUGAUAUUCAAAAUGAUAAAGGAGAAACAGCACUGUUUAUUGCUUGUGAUAAUGGACAUUGCCAAGUUGUUGAAGUUUUGCUUUGUGCGAAUCCCAAUAUUAGAAUUGGUACUAAUGAUGGAUGGACAGCUUUGAUGUUAAGUUGUUGUAAAGGAUAUCACAUAAUUGUGGACCUUUUACUUAGAAGGAAUGCUGAUAUUAUUAGUAAGGAAUAUAAAGAAGGAUGGAACGCUUUUAGUCUUGCUUGUUAUUAUGGACAUUAUCAGGUCAUUGAAAUCUUACUCAGUAACAUCAGAGCUAUUGAUGAUCAAGAUAACAAUGGAUCUAAAAUUGUUAUAAAUACUAAGAGCAAAGAUGGAUGGACUUCUUUGAUGCUGGCUUGCCUUAAUGGACAUCAUCAAGUUGUUCAACUCCUACUAGAUGAGGAGCUAGAUAUUAACACUCAAGUCAAAGAAAAGGGGUGGACUGCUUUAAUGAUUGCUUGUGCAAAUGGGCAUUGUCAGGUUGUUAACCUAUUAUUAAGUAAGCAUCCAAAUAUUAACAUACAAGAUAGAGAUGGAUGGACUGCUUUGAUGCUUGCUUGCAACAAUGGUCAUUUCAGUGUUGUUGAACUUCUACUAAAUGAAGAUAUUGAUCUUGGCAUCAAACGCAAUGAUGGAAGGACUGCACUUGCAUAUGUCUUACAAAAAGGCUAUGAAACACCAAAUUAUUUGAAUAUUAUGGAACGAUUACUUCACAGUCAUCCUAAUCUAAUGCACCAAAUCAAAAAUGUCACUGUUCAUUCAGUAGUACUAGCAGCUAUUUAUUGUAAUCCUGAUGCUGUGGAGAUCAUCAUGAAGAAAUUUGAAGUCUCCCAGGAGCACUACACACGUGCUUUUGUUACUGCUUGUUAUAAUGGUUGUUCUUCAGUGAUAAAUUUGCUAUCAGACAAAAUAACAAGUAUAAUAAAUGAGAAAGAGCUAUUAAUAGCUGCUGUAGAAGGAGAUUUAGGAUUAUUAGUUAGUAUGUUAUUUGAAGUUGGCAUGAGUCCAGAUACUCCAUUAGCAGGUGGUAUAACUCCAUUGAUGAUAGCAGCUUCAUGUGGACACAUUGAAAUUGUUGAGACACUCAUUCAAGCUGGAGCUAACAUUAACAAAACUAAUGAUAAGGGUUUUACUGUACUAGACAUACUGCUUAACAAGGAGGAAAAUGUUCUCACAAAUUCUAUUGUAGACUUAUUAAUUUCAACAACAGGCAAAGUAAAGCCAUUUUCCGCUACUCGACCUCAACCCAUAUCUACAUCAAGAGGCGAUAUAUCAAGUAACAUCAGUUUGAUACGAUCGAUAAUUGACUCUGAAGAAAAUCCAAUUCAAUUUCAUUCAAAUUUAUUAAUGAGUGCAGCGCAUAGGAAAUUGGAGGAUGGAAAUGAAGACAUGGCUGAAGAUACACAGAAUACUAGACACAUUAUGUAG